AUGUCCUCGCACGAUACUAGGUCGGUGCGCGCAUCGAAGCGCAUGUCCGUCACGGCGCUAUACCUGUCCAUGUCCGCUAAGGAUAAAGAUUUGGAAAUCUCGGACGAACUAGCCAAAGCGCAAAAACACCUCCGCGAACUCAAAGCCAAAAUCUCGUCGCAGUCCAAAAAGAACUUCGUCCUCGAGAAAGAUGUCCGCUAUUUGGAUUCUCGAAUAGCAUUGCUCAUCCAAAAUCGCAUGGCAUUAGAGGAGCAAAAUGAAAUCUCUAGCCGCCUCGAGGAAAGCUUGGAAUCAUCCCAAGAGGGUCACUUUCCCAACGAUGAAAAGACGCAAAAAUACGGAAAUCUGCUUUUCCUGCUCCAGUCGGAGCCGAAACACAUUGCACAUCUCUGCCGUCUAGUGUCAAUGUCUGAAAUCGAUUCCCUUUUACAGACAGUCAUGUUCACCAUCUACGGAAAUCAAUACGAAAGCCGUGAAGAACACUUGCUAUUGACCAUGUUUCAGUCCGUCCUGACCUAUCAAUUUGAUAAUACCCCGGAAUACUCGUCGCUCUUGCGUCAAAAUACCCCCGUCUCGCGAAUGAUGACGACCUAUACUCGACGUGGUCCCGGUCAAAGUUACCUCAAACAAGUCCUGGCGCAGCGGAUCAACGCCCUCAUUGAGUUGCAGGAUGUUGAUCUCGAAAUCAACCCAUUGAAAGUUUACGAGAGCAUGGUUCAGAAGAUAGAAGAGAGCUCCGGACAACUACCCGACUACUUAGCGAAAUCAGUGACUGCCGAGGUCGCAGCUGAGAACGAACAAGUCAAAGCCAUAAUUGAACCCCGCCUGAAAAUGCUGACCGAUAUUGCCAACACUUUCUUAACGACAAUCAUUGAUGGACUCGAGGAUGCUCCGUACGGAAUCCGUUGGAUCUGCAAGCAGAUCCGCAGUCUGUCCCGCCGCAAGUACCCGGAUGCUCAGGACCAAACCAUUUGUACAUUGAUUGGAGGUUUCUUCUUCCUCCGUUUCAUCAACCCAGCUAUCGUGACCCCUCGGUCUUACAUGCUCAUCGAAUCCGUUCCUUCUGACAAGCCGCGGCGAACCUUGACUCUUAUUGCCAAGAUGUUGCAAAACUUGGCAAACAAGCCUUCAUACGCCAAAGAGCCCUAUAUGGCAGCGCUUCAGCCGUUCAUCCAUCAGAACAAAGAACGUGUAAACAAGUUUAUGCUUGACCUUUGCGAGGUUCAGGACUUUUACGAGAGUUUGGAAAUGGACAACUACGUCGCUUUGACAAAGCGUGAUCUUGAACUGCAGAUUACCUUGAACGAAGUCUACGCUACUCAUGCUUUGUUGGAGAGACAUAGCACAGCUCUGGCGGCUUCGGACCAGCACUCUCACUUGCACACCAUACUUCAAGAACUCGGCCCAGCGCCUUCACAGCUUCCUCGCAAAGACAACCGUACAAUUAAUCUACCUCUUUUUAGUAAGUGGGAAACCUCUGUCGACGAUUUGACCGCUGCUCUCGAUAUCACCCAAGAGGAGAUAUACUUUAUGGAGGCCAAGUCGACUUUUGUUCAGAUUUUGCGUUCGCUUCCACCCAAUUCGAGCGUCUUGCGACGACCUUUACGAUUAGACCGCAUUGCAGAGGCCGCUGCCACGUUGAAGAACGAUGCAGUCAUGGUACGCAAAGGUAUUCGGACCAUGGAACUGCUCAGCCAGCUUCAGGAGAUGGGCGUGAUUGACCGCUCAGACGAGUUUGGUCUUUUGCGUGACGAGGUCGAGCAGGAGUUGGUCCAUUUGGGCUCACUCAAGGAGAAAGUGGCCGAAGAGGCCAAACAGUUGGAUGGAGUUUUCCGUACAAUCCGUGAUCACAAUGCGUACUUGGUUGGCCAGUUGGAAACGUACAAGUCGUACUUGCACAACGUGCGAAGUCAAUCCGAGGGCAAGUCACGCAAACAGCAGAAGAAUCAAGAACUUGGCCCGUACAAGUUUACACAUCAGCAACUAGAGAAAGAGGGCGUUAUCCGCAAGAGCAAUGUCCCGGAAAAUCGGCGAGCAAAUAUCUUUUUCAUGUUCCGCAGCCCACUUCCGGGCACAUUCGUCAUCAGUCUACACUAUAAGGGACGUGCACGCGGUCUUUUGGAAUUGGACUUGAAACUGGAUGAUCUGCUUGAGAUGCAAAAAGACGCCCAAGAAGACCUUGAUCUUGAAUACGUUCAAUUCAACGUGUCAAAGGUCUUGACACUAUUGAACAAACGCUUCGCUCGUCGCAAGGGCUGGUAA